AUGAUCGACAGUGGAGACGGUUGGGUAGUCCGAUCGAUGCCGUCAACAAAUCCGCGACAGGAUAGGAAAGGAUAUUUGCGCAAACACGCAGGCAGUGUUGACCUACCAAUCGAGUCUUUGCGUACUCGUACACUCCAAAAAGCGUUUGUCGACCUCAAACCGCUCAUGUUUGCAUUGGCCGCACUCAUAGUCGAAGCCAAUCCGACAUCGGCUUUGCCACCUGCAGGUGAGCGCAUUAGCCGCUCAAUAACGCGUGUGCACAACGCUGUGUUGGCUCGUUUUGAAAGUGUAUGCGAGGAAGAACAAAAGCGUUUGUUUACUUUGAUCCAGGAUAAUCUACCGUUCAUUCGAGUUUGGCUUACAUUUGCUCCAUUGUCGCGUUGA